GUCCACUGGUCGGCCCAAGCACACCUCUAAGAGCAAUUGUUUUGUUUGACAGAAGGACUUCAAGGGCAGGAAUCCCGGUGAGCAACUUCUCUUCGACCACGCGAACACCUAUCCAUUCUGUGAGGCUGUGAUAGUCAUAGUCCCUGGACAAAGCGAGUCUCCAUUUCGCCUACAAACUUGUCGUCGUCAAGCGCGCCAGCACAACCAAAAUUAACUUGCGCGCCACUCUGCCUCUCAACCCUUCAAACACCUAGUAUAAAGCUCAUCGUCGCCGCGAGCGAGCUUGCUACCUCCAAGUCAAAUCACCAAGUGAUUCGAACCCAUGGCGAGCAUGAAUGAUCAACACGGCGGCGCCACCGCCCACGUCCUGCUCGUGCCGUUGCCGGCGCAGGGCCACAUGAACCCGAUGCUCCAGUUCGGCCGCCGCCUCGCCUACCACGGCCUCCGCCCCACCCUCGUCGCCACCCGCUACGUGCUCUCCACGAGCCCUCCUCCCGGCGACCCCUUCCGCGUCGCCGCCUUCUCCGACGGCUUCGACGCCGGCGGCAUGGCCUCCUGCCCCGACCCCGUCGAGUACUGCCGCCGCCUCGAGGCCGUCGGGUCGGAGACGCUGGCGCGGGUCAUCGACGCCGAGGCGCGCGUGGGGAGGGCCGCGACCGUGCUCGUCUACGACCCCCACAUGGCGUGGGUGCCGCGCGUGGCGCGCGCCGCCGGCGUCCCCACGGCCGCGUUCCUGUCGCAGCCGUGCGCCGUGGACGCGAUCUACGGCGAGGUGUGGGCCGGCCGCGUUCCGCUGCCGAUGGACGACGGGGGCGACCUCCGGCGGCGCGGGGUGCUCAGCGUCGACCUCGCGACGGCGGACUUGCCGCCAUUCGUGGCGGCGCCGGAGCUGUACCCGAAAUACCUCGACGUCUCGAUCCGGCAAUUCGAGGACCUGCUCGACGCCGACGACGUGUUCGUCAACUCGUUCAACGACCUCGAGCCGAUGGAGGCCGAGCACAUGGAGUCGACAUGGCGAGCCAAGACCGUCGGCCCGACGUUGCCGUCCUUCUUCCUCGACGACGGCCGGCUGCCGGCGAACAAGAACCACGGCAUCGACAUCUUCACCGGUGAUGCGCCGUGCAUGGAAUGGCUGGAUAAGCAGGCACCCUGCUCGGUUGUUCUUGCCUCCUAUGGCACGGUCUACUCUCUCGACGGCGCCGAGCUCGAGGAGCUCGGCAAUGGCCUCUGCAAUUCCGGCAAGCCAUUCCUCUGGGUGGUGAGGUCGAGCGAGGGGCACAAGUUAUCUGAAGAGCUUCGUGGAAAGUGCAAGGAGAAGGGGUUAAUUGUGUCCUGGUGUCCCCAGCUUGAGGUCCUGAAACAUAAGGCAACAGGUUGUUUCUUGACGCAUUGUGGAUGGAACUCGACGAUGGAAGCAAUUGCUACGGCGGUGCCAAUGGUUGCGAUGCCUCAGUCAGCGGACCAACCGACUAUAGCGAAGUACGUGGAAACCGCAUGGGAGAUUGGUGUGAGGGCACAACUAGAUGAGAAAGGCUCUGUCACGAAGGAGGAGGUGGAGAUAUCCAUCAAGAAAGUGAUGGAUGGGAAGAGGGCAGUGGAGUACAAGAGGAAUGCAGCUAAGUGGAUGCAAAAAGCCAAGGAAGCAGCACAAGUAGGCGGGAGCUCAGACAAGAACAUUGCUGAAUUUGUAGCAAAAUAUUUAUCAAAUUAGUAUAGCUUUGUAUACAUCUGGUUUCUUCAUGUAAGGAUCUUGUAACACCAGCAUGUAAAAAAAAAUUAAAUAGCAGACGACAAGAUGGAGUUAGUUUUAAUGUGUCUACAAAGAUUUUGGUAGUAUAAAACUAAAUGAGUGGAAAUUUGGUGGUAUGAGACAAA